AUGCAAGUUCGUUCACCCAAACAUAUCUCUCCGGUGGCCACCGUUGACUUGAAAAAGAAGCCACCGGCUUUACCUACCUUUUGGAUUGCUUUUCCAGCAACUCGGCCGAUAGGCUUUAUACGACCUCGCAUCAAUCGUCGGAUUACCCAAGUCAAACAACGAGCCGAAACAGAAGAGGCAAUAUUUAAUUUGUACCAACGAUGGAAUCCUUUCUCGUUUUCCUAUCGUCUCAUCCUUACAGAUGCCAUUAGGGAUGACAAGAAAAUUCUAGCUUGGUUCUUUACAAAAAGAUUUGGAUCUCCAAAGGUUAUAAUGAAACACACGACAAGCCAUGAUGACGGCUAUAUGAAUUGGGCAAUCAAAUUCGCUGAAAAAAGUGUGAUAUUUGAUGACAUGACUUCCAAAGAACCGAGACAAGUAGUUUGGAAAUUACAAAAUCAAAAGGCAAAGCAUGAAAAUACUUGGAAAGCAGAUUUGGUCUUACCAUCGCGAAAGCAAAGAAUGUCCGUGGGUUCUUUAAAUGGUUUCGAAAUUAAAUUUCAUGCUCAGGUUUUCGAAUAUACAACUCGCUUAAUGAAAUUUCGUCAUCUCGAAGUCGCCAUUUUUAGCAUGGCUCUCUAUGUGAAAAUAUACGAUUUAAAACUACUUCAUGCUUGUCUCCUACCCUGA